AACUAGUGGAAACCCUGAUCAACUGAAUGGAUCACAUGAUUUUUCUGUGUGAAAUCAAACGUUACUGACAAGAAACGAUUGUAUAUACAUAAAUAGCUAUUUAGAAAUAGGGGGACUUUGAAAUAAUUGUAUUUUCCUUCCACGAGGAAGCUGCUUUUGGGGGAGUGGAUUGCUGUUGUUGCUCUGCCUGGCAGCCUCACCUUUCUUCCCCCAUUCGCGAGAACAGUGCAUAACUGUGUACAUCAUCUUACCGUAAUGACAAAUGAAUCUCUUGAAAAUGAUGGAGGGACCGGUUCGAGAAAUUCAAGAAAUAUAAAUUUCACAUCAUCUGUGGAUCUCAGCACGUCCUUGGAAUCGAGUGUUCAGACUCGAAUAUUUAAAAUAAUUGUAAUCGGAGAUUCAAAUGUAGGGAAGACCUGCUUAACCUUCCGCUUCACCGGUGGGAGCUUUCCAGAGAAGACCGAGGCGACAAUCGGUGUGGAUUUCAGGGAGAAAGCAGUGGAAAUAGAGGGCGAAAUAAUAAAGGUGCAGGUGUGGGACACUGCAGGGCAGGAACGCUUUAGGAAGAGCAUGGUAGAACACUACUACCGCAAUGUGCACGCUGUCGUUUUCGUUUACGAUGUCACUAAGAUGAACUCAUUCCAGAACCUGAAGACGUGGAUCCAGGAGUGCAACGGGCACCGUGUCUCACCCACUGUGCCUCGGGUACUGGUAGGCAACAAGUGUGACCUGGUUAGUCAGAUACAAGUGCCCUCCAACACUGCCCUCAAGUUUGCAGACGCCCACAACAUGCUGCUGUUUGAGACAUCGGCCAAGGACCCAAAGGAGAGCCAAAACGUGGACUCCAUUUUCAUGUGCCUGGCAUGUCGGCUGAAAGCCCAGAAGUCCCUGCUGUACAGGGAUGUGGAGAGAGAGGACGGAAGGGUUAGGCUUUCACAAGAGACAAAUAUUAAUAAGAGCAUCUGCCCUUGCUGAGGGAAAUACUGUGACUCUCCUCCACUCUGCAAUGAUUCCUCCUCUCCUUUUAGUACUGCUGUGGCUUGAAUUGAAGAAUUUAACAUAAACAACAUAAGAAGAAGAUACUGUUCUAAUGUUAACAUUUCUUGGAGGAAUGUGCGUGCAGUUAUUUCAAUUUUUUUAUUGAACGGUCUAAUACGGUAUUGUUGUCUGUCUGUAUACACCUCUUUUUGACCCUCUUUUGCUUUACUCUCUUUCUUUGAUAUAUUAUCAUUAUCACAUUCUGUGUUUCCUCCUAAAAAUGGCCUUAAGGCAAGAGAUGUUAUCCAACGGUGUGUUUGUAAAAUAUGUUUAUUAAUUUUGUAUUUGAGUUGUACAUGUCUGUACAUUUUUGCUGUCAGUAUUAUUGUUUCAUGCAAUAUACAUGUGUGUAACAUGAUUGUCACAUUCUCACAAAGGGACUUUCAUGAAGACUAUUCCAUGUCAGACUAUUUGGGUAUACCAGUCAAAAGUUGACACAUCUACUCAUUCCAGGGUU